AUGUGGCUCUUUAAUGUGCCAAACCUGAAAAAUAUCGGUGAUACGAAUAACUCAUUGUCAUUGCCAUUUUCUGCUUCAAACUGUGUUGGUACCAUGGCUACUGAUUUUCCCAGAAAAUCAAACAUGGCAACUUCAAUUCGUGUGGAUGAAUCUGGAUUCUUGCAGUCUUCUGAAAAUAUGGAACCUUCGUCAGGGCUGCUGCUUCGACCAACCAGAGAAGUAGAUGCACGUAUUUCUGAUUGUCCUAACUUGCCGCCACAUCUUAUAUGCAAGCGGCUAAAGUAUCUCAAUGCAACUAUGCAUGCAGAUGCUAAACAGAUGAUACCAGUAUGA